UUGUGAUACCUUCCCCUACAUGAACAUAAGUAGUGCAUUGUGCACAUAUCCUAAAUUCUUUAAGGCCAUUGAUGAUAGAGAGAAUAAGCCACAAAGAAGCUGUGGGAUAAAACAUUAUGCAUGUAACUGCUUUAACUGGAAUGCUGGCCUCCCUGCCAAAGGUUGCAAGAGUGACCUUGUGUCUGCGUUGAAGAGUUAUUUGGAUAAGCAAUUAGAUGGUGAAAGUUCUCAUUUGGAAGAUGAACAACUUUCCUCCAUUUCUGCUCAAAGCAUCUCGUUGACAGGAAAGACUAAGACAUUAUCGGGUGAACUUGAUGCUAAAAUUGUCAUGAAAGGAAAGAAGCUUUCAAUCAAGGAAAAGAAGCCUUCUCAAGCAAUCAGGAAAGCGUCUUUGGUUAUUGAUGGCAAAGACACUAAUGAUGGAGUUAAUGUUCCAAUGAGUCAAACAGUCACAGCAGUCACCACCUUCUCCGCGUGGAGGGAUAUGAGAAUAGCUUCUGGACAUGCAGUGUUUCCAAACUUGGCUAAUCUGAUAAAGCCGCUUUCAGUCAGAUAUGGCCUGGGCAUAUCAGAUCAAGAUAGUGAAGGUCGUCUGGUGACGGCUGAAUUUGAUACAUUUUAUUUGCUAAGUGCCUAUGUUCCUAAUUCUGGAGAUGGCUUGAGAAGGCUGCCAUACAGGAUUACAGAAUGGGAUCAAUCUCUUGGCAAUUGCAUGAAGGAGCUGGAAAAGUCAAAGCCUGUCAUUUUGACAGGCGAUCUCAAUUGUGCACAUGAAGAGAUGGACAUUUAUGACCCUAUUUGUAGCCACAGCUGUGCUUGCACUGCUUGCAGAUGCUCCUUGCAAACUGAAGUAGUUAGACGUUACUUUUGUAAUUUAUUUUCAUAUCGGUUGCUAGCUGGGUUUACAAAUGAAGAAAGGCAUUCUUUUGGAACAAACUUCAUAUCUCGGGGAUUUGUGGAUACCUUUAGAAAGCAACAUCCUGACGUUGUUGGCUAUACUUACUGGGGUUAUCGACAUGAUGACUGCAAAACUAAUAGAGGUUGGCGGCUAGACUACUUCCUUGUCUCAGAAUCUGUUGCUGACAAGGUUUACGAUUCAUACAUUCUUCCUGAUGUUACUGGUAGUGAUCAUUGCCCUAUUGGCCUUAUACUGACACCUUAGUUAAACCGUCAGUAUUUUAGCCAUUGUUCAGACUACCAGAUGGAUUGUCAACCCAAAAAACCAACUUCCAAAAAACUUGAUGGUGUGGACAGUUGGAAAAAGCAGAUUUAAGUGACCAUUUUGCUGCCCUAAUCCCAGUGAGAAAAACUGCUUCAUAGCCUAACUUAUGCCGCCAGCUCUGGUUUUCUUUCCCCUAUGAACAAAUAUAUCAAAUAUUUUGCA